AUGCCGGGCUCGCCCUGCGGGCUCCUGCUCGACUACAAGACGGCCAAGUUCUCGCUGACGCGGAACCGGCGGGUGGGGCUCCUGCACCGGCUGCUGCAGCUGAGCGCGCUGGGCUACCUGCUGGGGUGGGUGCUGCUGCUGCGGAAGGGGUACCAGGAGCGCGACGCGGCCCCGCGUGUCGCCGUGGUCACCAAGGUGAAGGGGGCGGCUCCCGCCGGGGCCGCGGGCCGGCGGCUCUGGGACGCGGCGGAUCUCACCUGGCCCCCGCAGGGAGAAAAUGUGCUUUUUCUGGUGACCAAUUUCAUUGCCACAGUCCAGCAGGCCCAGGGCACCUGUCCCGAGAGCCCCUCUGUCCUUGACGCGAUGUGCACAGAAGAUGCAGAUUGUCCCAUGGGAAACCCUGUGGUUCAUGGCAAUGGGAUAAAAACUGGGAAAUGUGUGAUGUUCAAUGCCACCCAUUCCACCUGUGAGAUCUAUGGCUGGUGUCCUGUGGAGAACAGUACCCUGCCCAGGAAACCUCUUCUGGCUGAGGCAGAGAAUUUCACUCUCUUUAUAAAAAAUACUGUCCACUUCACCAAAUUUAACUUCUCCAAGUGCAACACUUUACAAACCAGUGACCCCAGCUAUUUCAAGAGCUGCACAUAUGAUCCAGUCUUCAAUCCCUCCUGUCCUGUGUUCCGUGUACGUAACAUGGUGGAGGCAGCUGGAGAGCACUUCGGAGACCUCGCACUGCUGGGGGGGAGCAUUGGAGUUCUCAUCAAGUGGGACUGCGACCUGGACCACCCUGCUGCCCAGUGCCAGCCACAGUAUUUCUUCAGCCUGCAGGACACAAGGUACAAUUUCAGAACUGCCUCUUACUACUGGGGCUCCCAGCGGCAGCUCUACCGGAACCUGCUGAAGCUUUACGGCCUCCGCUUUGACAUCUCCGUGCACGGCCAGGCUGGGAAGUUCAGCAUCAUUCCUACUGCCGUGAGCUUCGGCACAAGCAUUGCCUUCUUUGGUGCUGCUACAGUGGUCUGUGACCUAGUUCUGCUCUACCUGGAUGCAAAGGCUGAUCUGUAUUGGAAGGAGAAGUUCGAGGAGGGUUCAACACAACAGAAGUGGGGAACCAUGAAGAAGACAGCCACAACAAUUCCCUGGUCUCCAAGGUCUUAGGGGUGGGAUGACAUCAGUCUAUUCUGGCUGAAGUGCUGCAGUGAAGGCAGUGUCCCAUGGGGACAUCUGCAGAGCACUGUCCUGUACAGGGACUUUCACUGACCUCUACACAGCUCUGACCAGUGAGAGAUGGACAGCUUUCUUCUUCAAACUCCGGGGCAAAAAGAGCCUUAUUGUGAAAGCAAAUGCUGAGGAUAGGCUGCAGGAGUGGGAACCACCAGUAGUUCCUGCAACAGCCAAGGAGGACCAGGAGAAGAGUCCAAACCACAGGGUGGGCACAGCAGAAGAAAGCAGAAGGAAAUAGUAGGUUUGAGACUGUUCUCAGUCAAAAAGCAUUAGCACCAACCAGAAGAACCACCACCAAAUAAGAAAGAGGAAAAAAUGCUCCAGUGGCCCCUCACAGAAGCACAAACAGGGACAUUUGUGAUGACAGCAGAGCAAAGCUGCAGGGGACACAUUGGCUGACCCCCACCAGACGGUGCUCCUCAGUACCUCCGGCUCUCAGCGCAGAAUGCCAUCCUGGUACCCAAAAGACAUCUCUGGGAGCCCCUCCUGGGUAGCAGAACAACACAGUGUUCAGUGGCAGACCCCCACUGCUGACCACUGGGUCCAGCUGCCCUGUGUGCCUGGGCAGACCUAGGCAGUCCCUGCCCCCUGCAGCCACCGCAGCACACAGAGCAUGGGGCACAGAGCAGGGAUUCCGGACCUUGCUCAAGGCGUUCCCUUUGAACAGGCCCCUCAGAUGUCGAACUAAAGCAACCUGACCUUUCCUUUCUAAUUAGGGUGGGGAUAAAGAGCUAAAUGCUCUGGUAUGGAAAGGCUGCAGGAGGGGAACGUCCGCACAGCAGCUCUCCCCAGCACAGGUGGUGCCUUGGCACAAACACGCUCCUUUAUGCAAUUUUGGCCAAGGUGCCAGCACACUCUGAGCUGUGUCCAAGGUGCCAAGGGCCCCGGGUGCCAGCUAGAGCCUCAUCCCCUGCAGCAGGUGUUUACCUGACAUGUUCAGGCACCAGGAGGAGGAGGGUGAGAAUCGGGGACCCAUGGAGUGAUACACUGAGCCCUGUGCCUCUCCAAGCCCGAGGGACACAUCCAACUGCCAGGCUCCAUUCUGGAGCAAUGUGGCACCCUCAGGGAGGGAAGGCAUGAGAGCCAUUGGGGAGGGAACAGAGGGGCAGUGAGAUGAUCUCUGCAGAGCCACAGGUGGCUCCUGUCCCGGGCUCCCUCUUGAUCCCUGCCUGGGUGCUGCUGCCGAGUAGUCUGAUGGCUGAGCUGGGCAGCCCUUUGCUUCCCUGAUUUCCCUCCCCCCAUCCUUAAUAUCAGAAAGCACUUGGAAAAACCCCUUUGGCUCCGGUCGUGAGGAGGUUCUAUGGCCACUGUUUUCAGAUUUGGAUGGGACAAAGGCAAGAGAAGAAUAAACAGCAGCAAAUAUUUUGGGGAUAAAUUCAUGGUGCACCCAGUCUAAACACCCAACACGGCUCCAGAACAGAUGAGACAACACAUCCCAGCUAUCAACACAUCUCAGGAAUGCAUUCCCAGGUAGGGUCCCAGCCAAGGGGAGAGGUGGGCUUCACUACAAGUGUAACAAAGUUCCUGAGCUGUUGCAAAUGUUCACAGCUUGUUAUAGACAGAAAAGGUUUUUGAGCUCGGUCUGUCAAACCAGAAUCAGAAUUGGUGAUGCCUGAGCGCCCAGUCCAGCCCUGGUCACAAACCAUUAACAUGGUGAUGAGAUGGGAAGGAAAUCUUUGAUAGGCACUGCCACUAAAAGCCAUCAUCUGCUCCCCAGAUUAUGUGAACAGACAAAGGGCUUACAUCUGGCAGAGAUGCCAGGUCCAAAGACCAGUUUAACUUGUUCUACUAUCAGCACAUCAUUUCUCCAGGGCCUUUUAUUAGUGUCCCACAAGCUCAGUGUCCAGAGAUGAACAAAACCAACUGACAGAAGCUCUGGUAAAACUAUUUUCCAGUCUAGCAGAGCAAUCUCAGAUGAAUGCCUGUGUAGAAAGAUGGAAAAGAGAAACACCUACUUGGUAUAAAAUGCCACGAACUUCAGUUCAUCUAAAUCUCCCUGAAUGACAACAUCAUCGAAUCCUUCCGCAUGGCCUGCAAAGCAGAGAAGAAGAAGUGGAUUCAGCAACAAUUCCUCUGUAUCCCGCUCUAAGACAGGGUGUUUCACUCCAGGGCUACACGAAGAACGUCCUGUGGUGACCAAGAGACCAGCACAGGAAGAUGUGGGUACCAAAAAUAACAGAAUCACAGGAUGGUCUGGGUUGGAAGGGGCCUUAAAGACCAUCUUGUUCCACCCCCUGCCAUGGGCAGGAACACCUUCCACUAGACCAGGUUGCUCCAAGCCCCAUCCAACCUGGCCUGGAACACUUCCAGGGAUGGGGCAACCUGUGCCAGGGUCUCACCACCCUCACAGGGAAGAAUUUCUUCCCAUUAUCUAAUCUGAAUCAACCCUCCAUCACGUUUAGAGAAGUGCACUUCAUGGCAGACAGGUUUCAGAGAAGACACCAAACCCCUAAGAAGCCAGGCAGGGAAGCAGACCUGCGGCACAAGUCGGUGUGGAGGGUCCACAGCAAGGGACGUGGCUGUGGCUCCUCUAUGCCAGGACACCUCCACCAGCACAAAUGCCACAGCAGCCUCAGGAGCCCCUUACCCGCAUACCGGAUGCUCUUCCCAAACAUAGCAGUCCACAAAUAUGGGACAGUGUUGAUCUCUGUGCCAUGGGCCAGCAUGUUGAGUGCAGCGAUACGGCCUGGAAGACAGCAGUAGCAGGAUUGAGGAAUUCCCACACCAGGGCAAGCAUCAUGGUCUGCCUUCAAGUCACAGCACAGCAUCAACAUCCCCAGUCACAGAGCACAGGGAAACCAAGAACUGCUGCUGAAAACACCCCACACAGCAACAAAGACCAAGCAGAAAGCAUACGACAUCGUCCGAGGAUGGGCAUGGACUCCUUCCCAUGGUGCAGCUCCUACUCGUCACCUCCACUGGCAUGAGCGAUAUGCCCAUGAGACUCUUUUCCCCUAGCUUCUGGAACAGUGACAGGGCUGAGAGCAUGCUGAGCUCCCACCCAGACAGGGAUGGGAUGGACAAACCCCUGGAGGCACGGUGACUGUUGGGAUAUGGUCCCUGCUGCAGAGGCAUGUCUGGACCAGGGGGCUGUGUCCAAAGGUUGACUUGGGAGCUGUGGUUCCAAAACCUCUCACCCAGGGCACCCACCCAGAGGGAAACCUCCUCACAGGACUGUGGCCUUGAGGGCAGCUGAUCACACCAGGGAUUUUAGGCUGACGUGAAGGGGACAAAGAUUCAAGCUCUGCAACAUGCUCCUGGGUCAGCCUGGCAGUGUGGGCAGCCCAGCUGGAAAUCUGAGCCCGGGUUGACUUUAGGAUUCGAGCUACUGAGCGCCCCCAGGCAAGGAGGCGAGCAGGCUCCUGCAGAAAUGCAGAUGCCAGGAAGCAGAGGGCAUAUCCCUCGGCACCUCUGCGCUUGUGACGAGGCACUGUUAGGCAAAGUUUGGCACAAAUGCUGACAGAUGAGGCAUAUUGGGCAGGAUAAAAUAUACAUGCUUCAAAAUGUUCAAUACAAUCACCCAGUCUCCCUGUUGACAGUUAUCUCAUUCUCUCCUUAGAGGGUUUGGAAAUUUCCUAGGAAUCUGCAAAAGUCUCUUUUCUGCUAAGUACCUACCAUGCAUGUGGGCCAUCUGCCAGUGGGGGACGUUCACCUUCUUGUUAUUCCUCAAGGCCAACGGAAACGUGACAGCGUCUCCAGCAGCAAAGACCCCGGGGAUGUUGGUCUGCAUCAUCUGCAGGGAACAGAGGUGUGCAUUAGUGGGGUUUGCACCACACACAAACAGAAACAGAGAACUGCUCCAGACCUGCCAUGUCCCCAGGAACACACAGACAACCUCUGCUUGGCUGUGAGACCCCCACAUGGGAUUUCAUUCAGCCUUCUUCACUUUCAAAGGAGAACACAUGGGCAGGGAUACCCUACAGUAUCCCUUUUCCAGUGGGUUAUCCAGUAAAAAGAGACAUGGACUGGCGUCCUGGAGCCCCUCUUAGAAGUCUGGCAUCUGUCAGUGUUUGCAGAUAGAGCCCAGCUUAUCACAUGGAUGAGCAAUAAGCACAGGGUGGGUGGCACAGAGCCCCAGCUCCCUGACAAUGCUCCUUGCUCAUGGCACACACCACCCAUCAGCACGAGCACCGCUCCGCUGCAGUGGAUACCUGGAAUCAUGGAUCUUUCUCAAUUUCUUUCCCCCCAGAAUAUUCACACCAUUCCAGGGCAGCUCAGAACCAGAUCCAAGCCAGAGCAUUCAGGGCUGGGGUUUGCAAAUCCCACACUUGCAAGGGUGGUCCCAGGUGCUCCUGAUGAUACUCCCAGAAUCUCAGCAUCUCAUAGAAUAUCCUGAGAUGGAAGGGACCCCCAAAGAUCAUCGAGUCCAACUCCUGGCCCUGCACAGGCCAACCCCCAGAAUUCGAAAAUUCCAAUUCUGCCAAUCUUGACAGAUAAAAAGCCAUGAAAAGCACCUGUGGCAGCAGUUUGGAGUCCCCGGGAAGCUCUUCUGUGAGGAGAGGUGACCCAGUUCCUCCUGCUCUCCCUCCCACAGGGGCUGCCCCUGGGCUCACCUUGUUGACCACAAUGAAGCCCUUGGAAUCGAUAUUGAUGCCACUCUGCUUGAGGAAGCCCGUUGCUGGAACUGCACCUGUGGGAGAAGGCAAAGGCUGCAGCAUCUGAGUGUCCCACAGCCCUGGGGGGCUGACCCCGAGACCAGCAGAUCCCCUCGUGCCAGGACAGUCAGUCUGCCCAGGGAAAGGCAAUGGCUGCCCUGAGAGCAGGGCCAGGCACCCUAUGGAGACCCCACUGCAUCAGCCUCUGCCUCCCAGGAUCCCUAUCCUUCCCUAAGCCAUGAUUGUAAUCUGCCCAUCACCCUUUUCUAGUGCUUGGAGGUAAUUUUCAAUGUAAUUCUCUUUUAUUUUGAAAAAAAAUUAUAUUUAAAAGGGAACCUUUGAGUUUCCAGCCAGGGCUCCUUGGCCUCCCCCCAGUCUGUACCUUUGCUUCACCCUUCCUUUUCCUUUUUUAAUCUUUUUUUCUCUCCAGCCUUCACAAAUAAGAAUGAAACUAAUUCUGUGAUUCUUCCACUCCACAGCAUUUUUAAAAAUUACUGAGAUGGCAGGAAAGGGAUUUUUUUUCCCCCUAAAUGUAAAGGAGAAAAAUACCCUCUUCUAUGGGGUAUUUUCUUUGAUUUUAUAAUAAUGGGGUAUUCUUUUAUUUUAUAAUAAAGGGUACAAUUUUUGUUGCUGGCAGCAGCAAUUUAAAAAAAAAAAUUUAAAAAAAUUGAGUUUGGGGAAGCUUUAAUAAAAAACAACUUGAGGUGAUGAAA